AUGAAGGCGACAAUUAUAACACCAGGGGAGACGUAUCGCAUUUUAGCGCCCGCAUCGUCGUUGCACAAAUACUUGACAGACAGCUACUGGUGCUCUGCGAUGGAAGAGGUAUGCGAGGGAAAACUAGACGGUGUUGCAGUGCGUUAUACCGGGCAGCAGUUGGUGCUUCUGCAGUUCCGCCCAAAGCAACUGUCCCCUGCAGGCUACCGGUAUCCCAUUUCCAUGUCUAUUCCUGUGGAGUAUUUGGUCCCCAUAUCUACUGAGGAAUCGACGGAGGAUCACAAUAUUUGCAAACAUGAUACCAAUUACGGUACAAAGGAGUCAACUUUUUUGGGCUCGGGGUUUGCGCCACUGUGUGUUGUUUGCGGGAGAUAUAAUGUACCGGGUAUGGUGUUGAGGCACCAUGGCUAUAAAUGCCCCGAAUGCGUGGGCCACAAGUCGACACGCAAAUUGCGCAUGGAGGGUGCACGGCGGCGCUGA